AUAAAAUUAAAUUAAAUUAAAAAUUAAAAAAGAGAAAAAGAUUCUACUCUCUGUCCUCUCUCUUAAAAUGGCAGGAAGGAGACUCUCAUGUGAAGAAGUCCUCCGUAACUGAAAAAUAAAAAAAUAAUAAUAAAAUCACUCGAAGUUCCACGAUUUCUCUCUCUAAAAUUCAUGUUGAUUUAGCCUUGACUUCCUCCGUCUCCCCACCGCCGCCUCGGUAGCGACCGUCGUCUAUCUCCGUUACCUGAGAUCUGAAUUGAUUUUAUUUAUAAAAAAUAAAAAAAAAUGGCUGCAACAAGCAAGACGGAUCAAAAAGCGGCUUUAGACAUUGCAUCAUGGCUCUUCAACGUCGUUACUUCCGUUGGAAUCAUCCUCGUUAACAAAGCCUUGAUGGCUACUUACGGCUUUAGUUUCGCUACGACGUUAACCGGUUUGCAUUUCGGAACAACGACACUGUUGACAACUUUCUUGACGUGGCUUGGUUAUAUCCAACCUUCUCAGCUUCCCUGGCCCGAUCUUCUCAAGUUCGUUUUGUUCGCUAACUUCUCGAUCGUUGGGAUGAACGUCAGCCUCAUGUGGAACUCCGUUGGCUUCUACCAGAUUGCGAAGCUGAGUAUGAUCCCAGUUUCUUGUCUUCUAGAAGUUGUUCUUGACAACGUCAGGUAUUCGAGGGAUACAAAGCUUAGCAUUUUGUUGGUUCUUGCUGGUGUUGCCGUCUGCACUGUUACCGAUGUCAGUGUCAACCUCAACGGCUUCCUCGCUGCCGCUAUUGCUGUCUGGAGCACCGCCCUUCAGCAAUACUAUGUACAUUAUCUACAGAGGAAAUAUUCGCUUGGUUCUUUCAAUUUACUGGCGCAUACCGCUCCAGUACAAGCUGCAUCGUUGCUGUUGGUCGGGCCAUUUCUAGACUACUGGUUGACUAACCAAAGAGUUGAUGCAUUCAACUUUUCAUUCAUAUCUCUGUUCUUCUUGAUACUCUCGUGUAGUAUCGCGGUCGGGACCAAUCUGAGUCAGUUCAUUUGUAUAGGAAGAUUCACGGCGGUGUCUUUCCAAGUACUUGGUCACAUGAAGACAAUCCUGGUUUUGGUUUUGGGAUUCACCUUCUUCGGUAAGGAAGGUUUAAACAUGCAAGUGGUGCUUGGAAUGCUCAUUGCGAUUCUCGGUAUGAUCUGGUACGGUAAUGCAUCUUCUAAACCGGGAGGUAAAGAGCGUCGUAGCCUCUCUAUCCCCGUAACCAAGGCACAGAAACUCAGCGGGUUAUCUGAAACAUCUGAGUCUGAUGGAAAGGUCUAAACGAAAGAAGUGAUCGUUUUGACAUAGAAACAAGAACAAGCGUCUCAGAUACAAACAAAACAGGUAGAAAAUAUCAUAUGGAAUAUUUACAAACAAAGGGUUUUAAUUAUUUAAUUACCAGACCAUGUUUUUCUUUUCUUACAUAGCAUUUUGUUUUCUGCCUUUUCUUUUUUGGUUAUCAAUUUUGGGCUUUGCAUUUUGUAUUUUUUUUUACUAAUUCUCUCACACAAGAAAUAUCAA